GUAUGGUUAAACUUUUAAUCUAUGGCUUGGAGGCAAGUCCGCCCACGCGCUCCUGUUUGCUAACACUCAAGGCGCUGGAGUUGCCCUUCGAACUGGUGCACGUUAAUUUGCUAAAUGGAGAGCAUUUGACACCCGAGUUUCUGGAAAAGAACCCACAGCACACUGUGCCGAUGCUAGAGGACGACGAAGGCUGCAUUUGGGACUCGCAUGCUAUAAUGACAUAUCUUGUGGGUAAAUAUGGAAAGGACGAUGCACUGUAUCCACUGGAUCACCAUCAGCGCGCCAUCGUGGACCAGCGGUUGCAUUUCGAUUCGGGUCUCAUGUUCACCGGCGCCUUGCGCCCGAUAACAAGAGGUAUUCUAAUGCUCGGAGAAACUGUCAUCGAACAGUCUAGAAUCGAAGCCGUUGCUGAAAUCUAUGAUCUGGUGGAGCUAUUUUUGGGUGAUAACGAUUUUGUGGCUGGCAACGAGCUGACCUUAGCUGACUUUAGCUUUGUGUCGUCAAUCAGCUGUCUGUGGAUCUAUCUGCCAAUAGAUGCAGCUAAAUAUCCCAGAAUCUCGGCCUGGGUGCAACGUAUGAAAGAACUGCCCUACUACGAGGAGGCCAAUGGCAUAGGCGCGACUCAACUGGAAACAAUACUUAAAUCGAAAAAUUUCACAAUUGCAGCUUAGAAUUCAUUUUAUUUGAAUAGAUUACGAAAUUAAUACACAUACUAUGUUAAUUAGCUUGCACAAUGCAUUUGAAGAGCACCUUAUAGGUGCAUUCUCUUUAUUGUGAAAUAUUUGUUUACCGAAAUGCCAUGGAAAGUGCACAGUCAUAACAAGUCAGCGUAUUGAAGAGAGUGCGAUCACAGUUAGAAUACCAAUAUCUAAACACAAAGAGCGAGAACCAACAACUAUCCGGCAUAUGCACAUAUGAGAGAUUAAGUGAGAGCGCUAGAACAGCUGACGAGCUUUUAGCAAACUGUGAUUUCUAAAAAAAACCGAAGAGAGCAUAGGCUACACAAAGUUCAAUAAGCAAACAUCUAAGCACCACACAUGCAUACUCUCUUUAAAUUCAAUGUAUUUACGUUUACAUUCAAAUAAAAUAAACAGUAAUUAACUUUACGCCUCCUUA